GCUACUGCUAGGGCCACCAAUCAUACCUGAACACUUCCUGGAGGGGCGGUCCCUUGGGGUUUUUUUUUUUUAACUUAUUUUUCUAGGGGUGUAGGACUAGGCAGACUUGGGGUAAUUGGCAGAAACGGUGCGGAAGGCUAGUACCAGGAUGGAGCUGAAUAAAGCAUGGAUCCUGCUGCUGCUUCUUGGGUUGGCACACAUUGCUGUAGUGUCCUGUGAGCAGGAAGACAAAGGUAUGUGCCAUAGUAUGGGUGACAGAUGGAGGAGUUUAUGAGAACAGUUCUUAAGGAAUCCCAAGGCGUGUGGGUAAUUUCAGAUUUUAGCGUAUUUUUUUUUAUUGUAGUGUUUUAUGUAUUAAGAUAAGAUCACUUUUUAUGUUCAGUGUGCCAUGUUCAAUGAAUGUAUGCACUGGUUCUUUUUUAUGUUCCUAUUGACACACCAUAUUCACCAUAACUAUGCAACAUUUUUAUUCUAUCAGGAUUGACUAAAGUGAGAAUUCAAAGUUAAAUUUUUAAAUGUAAUGUCAAUGAAGUGGAACUGGAAGCAUAGUUUACUUAGAGAAUGUAUCAAUUUCAACUAUUUUUGCUUUAAAUUAGAAACUCAUUUGGAAUUCUUACCAAGUUUAGUCAAUAAACCAGUUGAUUAUUUUGGCCUAUAAUUCUUAUAGUUUUAUUGUCAGUUCUAAACAAUUCUCAGUCUAACUUAUGAAAGCCAUACAGUGGUUUAAGGGGAGGAGAGGAGACGACCGCCAUUGGUGACAGGUGGCAUUAGGGUUCAGAAUGCAACCCCCUCCUGUCUGAACAGGCACCUUACCUGUUGCAUGUCUGUGUACUGUAUAUCUAAGUGCUUAUGAAUGUCAGUAUGUCCAUAUUGUUUUCCUAGCAAAAGGGGCUUGAAGGUCGUGCAGAGAGAGAGAGACAAAUACUUUUCUGCCUAGGAUGUCAUGGGACCUAAGCACUUCACUGAUCUAUGCUGCCUUUUUUAAUAGCUUCAAGUAUCCAUUGCAACAAAAAAUAAUUGCUUGCCUUGGAACGUUUGUGAUGAGAAGUGACACACACCUGCAAUAAUUCAUUGCACUGAAUGGUAAUGAGACUGUUCAUUCAAAGUGUGGCAGAGAGGGGACUAUUAAUAUAUAUAUUUUGUUUAAUUAAAGAUACUUUUGUCAAUGGUAAUUCUCCUGUUAUUACUAAUUGCCAUAAAUAUACACUCCGAUUAAUUUCAAACUAUAAACUUUUACAUACUUGUGCAACUAGAUUUGCAAAUAUUUUAUAUGCCUUUUGUACGUAAACUGAUUGUCUAGUUAAUUUUCCUUAAAAACAUGCAAGUAGUCUUCUGACAGUUCUUUCAUUCACAAAUCAUUGCUUGAAGGGAACUACUUUCUUGAAAAGCACCCUCUGCCUGGAUAUAUAGCUAUGAUAAUGAAUUUCCUGACCAUUUUAUAUCUCCUAUGGAGAAUUAUUUGCAACCUUUUUUAUUGCAUGCGACCAAUUCCAAUUGAAAAAAAAAAUCACAAAUAUUUGGUGGAACUGUGGCCAUUUGACUACAUUGAUCUGAAAAAAUACCCUAUAUUUUUUUUUUUUUUUGAUGCGUUACAGAACACAUUCAAAAACUGUGCAAAAAAUAAAAAUAAAUACUGACCUGCUAAGUGUCCUUGGGGCUCGGUGUACUGCCUUAGAGGGUCUGUCUGCUGUUGCUCCUAGUUUAAUUCAUUAUAGACUAUCGGGACUGAUUUUAUUCCAUAAUCUAAUACUUGGCAAGUAUUUGAUCCCCCUUCCACAAUUCCAGUCAUCACGUAAUAUGACUGCUAUCAGUUUAUACACAGGCAUUCGCUGUUUUUGCUCUCAAAGAGAAGGAGAACUAUAUCUAUUGCUCAUGUUUAAAUGCCUUUUUAAAGAAAUAUAGAAGUGAGAGAGAAAAAAAUGACCAAUAUUGCACAGCUAUAUUGAUACCUCUAAAAAUGUUCCAGAAUUGCUGAACCUUGUUGGAGAAAGUUUCACUCUGCAUCUCAACCUGGACCCUUACUCCCUAUCCAACUACCGUCCUAUCUUGCUACUGCCUUUUGAGUCCAAGAAACCUCACCAAGGGUUUUUUAUUUUUUAAUAAAAAAGUGUUUUAUGAAAAGUAUGUUUUGUUUGGUUGGAGAAACAAUUUGAAGUAAUAUUUAGAAUGGAAAAGUAUUUGCUACUUCCGUAAAUAAUUCCUUGGGUAAUUUUCCCAAUUGUUAUUUUAAACCACCCUUUGCUUGAAACCACAAAUCAAGUCAAUAGCCAUUAAGAGUGUCAUGGAAAGAAACCACACUUUAAACUGUAUUGUCCACAAUGGUUAACCACAUGUGUGUGAAUCUCUAUUUCAAAACUCCAAUGUCUUUUUAUGUUGGCCCAUUCAAGCUUGUUAUCACUGCUGCUGACCUAUGUCUUUCUUUAACUUUCACUUAAUUUAAAGUUUUAUGUUUUUCUCAAUUGUAAAAUCCUAUAUAAUCUUAACUGCUAAAAGACAAAUAUCCCAUAUUGACAUAAAAGCCUUGCUCCAAUUUUAUGCACAUUCCUUUCAUAUAUUAAAUGGGUGUUUUGUCGAGCUACUUAGAGCUCUACUAUUUAGGGCUUGGAUGGUAGAAUCCACGUCCCCGGUAUACGUGAAAAUCCACUUAUUUAAACACUGUUGUGUUCCAAUAUAUAUAGGAUAAAACGGAAAGGAAAAAUUGUGUAGUAUAUCAAUGUAGAAGUAUUGGUAAAAAGCACGGUAUUCUUCUUACAAGGUUUAGAGCAAGGACUUGCUUUGGUGGUAAAAUCCCACCUGGAAUAUGCAGGAACCAGGAAUGGAGUCAGGAGUAUGAAGUGAUUUAAACGGACUUAAAAAAUAUUAUAUUAAAUAAUUAACCUUGUUGCGUAUAAAAUCUCUCUCUCUCUCUCUCUCUCUCUCUCUCUCUCUCUCUCUCUCUCUCUCUCUCUCUCUCUCUCUCUCUCUCUCUCUCUCUCUCUCUCUCUCUCUCUCUCUCUCUCUCUCUCUCUCUCUCUCUCUCUCUCUCUCUCUCUCUCUCUCGUGUCUCAGUAAAGCUAAAGUCAAGAAACCGGCAACUGAAUAGAGCACCUGCCUUCUUAAAAGACCACUCUAGGCACCCAGACCACUUCAGCUUAAUGAAGUGGUCUGGGUGCCAGGUCCAGCUAGGGUUAACCCAUUUUUUUUAUAAACAUAGCAGUUUCAGAGAAACUGCUAUGUUUAUAAAUGGGUUAAGCCUUCCCCCAAAGCCUCUAGCGGCUGUCUCAUUGACAGCCGCUAGAGGCGCUUGCGUGAUUCUCACUAUGAAAAUCAUGCGACCGGCUGAAUGCGCGCGCAGCUCUUGCCGCGCGUGCGCAUUCAGCCGACGGGGAGGAACGGAGGAGGAUCGGCGACAGAGAGCUCCCCGCCCAGCACUGGAAAAAGGUAAGUUUUUUACCCCUUUUCCCCUUUCCAGAGCCGGGCGGGAGGGGGUCCCUGAGGGUGGGGGCACCCUCAGGGCACUAUAGUGCCAGGAAUACUAGUAUGUUUUCCUGGCACUAUAGUGGUUCUUUAAUGUCUUUGGUUGGAGAGCCACAGAAAGUCUGAGCUGGGUUAGAAGGGGAGUGUUUUUUUAAAAUAAAUCUGCAGCUUUUACAAGCUGUUUUGAUAUAUGCAUCUUAUCAUAUGGUGUGUAUCUACUAGACAGUGAUAUUUAUUUUUAUUUGGGCAGGGCAGUGUUUCUUUAAACAAGGUGGAGUGGUUCUUUAAUAACUUUGCUUGUCUUUUGUCACUGUCAUUUGUACUACUCUGGCUACCCUAAAGGUGCUAUAGAUGGUGUUUUCAGGAGCAAUGCCAGCGCUCUGUGCAUGUAGUAAGAAACCAUUACAAUGGCACUUCUCAAGGGAAAUUUCUCUGCAUGUGUUUAAUUACGGUGUAAUCAGGCAUUUCGUGUUGUGUGUUGAACCAACAUAUUGUUUCCCUGGGAGAAAAUACAGGCUGCAGGUAUGUAAUUAUAUAAAUUAGCAUUUUAACCGCAUAAGGGGAGAGAGGCAGUUGUCUAACGUCUGAACCAAAAUAAAAUAAUUUGUUGUGUGGUUGUUCCACCUUAUUUAACGGUUUCUCUUCAAGUGCAUCCGUACAUAUAACAUAUUGUUUUUGUAAAAGACUGAAAUGGCUUUAAAGUCAUCCAGACCACUUCAUCUCAAUGAAGUGGUCUAGGUGCUGUGCACUUAGCCCUGCACUCUAAUACAUUUUUCUUUAUUUUUUUUAUUUUUUUUUUAAUUCUUUUUAUUUUUGCAAUGACAGAAAUUGCAGUAUAGCCACAAUAUAAGGGCUUCUGCAAAAGCCAAGUCAUGUUUUAUACUUCGAUGUCAUUGUGAUACAGAAAGGAAAUCUUGUAGCAUUAGAACAUGUAUUGUGUCAUACAGUAGUAACUGGCAUAUUCACAAUCUUUCAGAGUUUUUAGAUUUUUUUUUUUAUAUAAUGCAAAGGAAAAAGAAAAACAAAUAACUUUGAGAAUUGUAGAUUAUGCUAGCGUAGUGUACAGAUAAUCUUAAUUUUAAUAAUGACAGGAGGCGAGUAUUUUGCAUAAACUUUCUUUACUUUAUGCCUCCAGCAGCACAAGUCAAUCAAUCAGAAAAGAAAAAGUGUUUAACCAAUCAGAGUCCAGCACCUCUUGUAUAUAAGUCCCUGACAGGCUUCCCAUUUCCUCUUUCUUUGUUGUGCCCAUGCCGGAACGCGAAAAACUCUUUCGUAGAUGAAGAAAAACUUGAACGGAAUAACUUGUCAACUUGUGGAAACGCAGAGGACAUCUAUGAUCCGACUUCUGUCUCAUGAAGUGAUGUUAAGCUGAAAGAAAUAGAAAGAAGUGAAAGGCGUGGGAAAACAACUGUUGUCCGCAUAUCAACAUUUAAUCCUAGUCUUAAAGCUAGCAAAACUAACGUUAGUAUCUAAAUCUAAACUAACAAAAUCAACGUUAAUAUCUCUGACAGACAUAUAAUCCUGUGUACAUUGAGUGGUUCAAUUCUGAUCUGAAAAUGUGCUAACUAGUAAACGACAUCUGGUCUAAGCGUCCCUUGUCUCCGUUUUUUACCCAUAGCUAGAUGAAAUUGUAUGUGAAUCCUCAGAGUAUAGGGAGGGAACAAAAAAGUAAGGGGGGGAAAAUACUCGCCUCCUGUCAUUAUUAAAAUUAAGAUUAUCUGUACACUACGCUAGCAUAAUCUACAAUUUUAUUACAUGACAGGAGGCUUCCUAUUUUGCAUUUUUAACGCUGGGGUAAAAACGCUAAGGACGCGUGUGAUGAUUGGCGAAAGUAAAACACCCUGAAGGUAUUUUUUCUGGUCCAAUCCGCCGUACGUAGAAUGUCCGCCAGGGAGGCACCCGCCGAGAAGGCCCUAGAUGCCGCCGCCCCUCGAACCGAAUGGGCACCGAAACUAGCAUCUAUCCCGGCUAGUGACAGUAACCACCGUAUCCAUCUAGCUAACGUAGUAGUGGUAACUGGUUUGUAUGGUCUGGUAUAAGAGAUUAACAGCUGUCCCGUUCCGUUAGCCCGAAGAGGCGCCGUAACCUCCACAUAACGGAGUAAGGUGGAGACGACACAAAGACGAGGAACCGCCGGAAAAAAUGGGUAGGACACGGAUUUGGAGUCCGUCUUAGUCCUUCGGGAUAUCAAAAACGUAACACCGACGGGCGUUAUAGUAAAGCCGUCCACGUCGAAAGCCCGAACAUCCGAUACCCGACGGAAAGAGACUAAGCAUAAUAACAAAGUAAGUUUGGCCGCUAAUUGUCUGAGUGAUAGAGCAGAGUUAUCCGGCCAGUUCUGAAUGAAUCGAAUGACCACAUCCACAUCCCAUAACUGGCGAUAUUUCGGAGUCGGUGGUCUAGCCAAUUUGAUGCCUCGUAAUAGUCGACAUAUUAAGGCUUCCUGACCCACUGGGGUACCGUUAACUGGAACAUGCGCCGCCGAUAUAGCGGAUCGUGUAACGUUAAUGGACCGGUAUGAUUUCCCGUUGGAAAACAAAGUGGAAAGAAAAUUUAGUAUGGCCGAUACAGGUGCUGUAAAGGGAUCGAGGCUCCUUCCCAGACACCAGCGGUCCCAUACAUCCCAUGCUGCCAUGUAGCUGCGUCUAGUCCCUGGUGCCCAAGAGUCCCAAAGGAGGUCCUUAGCCGUUUGCGAUAAGCCUGGGAUUGCCCAAGAUCCCCUGAAAGCGUCCAAGCUACCAACUCUAGACGUUCUUGAAGUAUGAGAGGAUGAGGUUCCGCAUCCGGAUUCGUAAGAAGCGUGGGAAACGUCGGUAGGACCAGCGGGUGGUCGUGAGAUAGUGCGAGUAAGUCGGGGAACCAUGCCUGGCUUCUCCACAAGGGUGUGAUCAGGAUCAGCGAUGUCUUGGAUGUGCGUAGUUUGUGGAGCACUCUUGCUAACAUUGAGAAUGGUGGGAAAGCAUACGCUCCCAUCGAAGGCCAGUGUUGUAGAAAGGCAUCCACUGCUUCCCUCUGGGGGUCCGGUAACCAGCUGUAGUACCUCGGUAGUUGUGUAUUCGUGCGUGAGGCAAAAAGAUCUAUGUGGAGUGGUCCCCUGAUCGAUCUCACCAUAUUGAAGAUCUCUGUGUCCAGAUGCCAGUCGCUGGAGUCCCGCCAAUGACGGGAGAACCAAUCCGCCGUGAGGUUGUUGAGGCCUGGUAAGUAUUCCGCUCUGAGAGUUAUGUUGCGAGGGAGGCAAAACUGGUAUAUGUCUUUGGUAGCCUCCGUCAAUGUUCGUGACCUGGCUCCUCCCAGUCUGUUCACGUAUUGGACUGCCGAUAUGUUGUCCAUGCGUAGAAGUAUGCAACAAUUGGACACGUGCUUGGCCAGGCUGCGGAUGGCGAAUGAGCCGGCUAUCAACUCUAGGCAAUUGAUGUGUAGUGACUUUUCCUCCUCCGACCAGGGGCCCCCCGUGGAUGCGUGUGCGCAGUGGGCUCCCCAACCCCACAGGCUGGCAUCCGAUUCCAGGAUGAAAUCCGGGUUCGAGCCGAAUAUGGCCCUGCCGUUCCAAGCUUCCAUGUGGAGCAGCCACCAACGAAGUUCCGUCCGAACUUCCGCGGUUAUCCUGAUCGCCUGAUCGUACGAGUGUCCUUGUCUCAGAUGGUGAGUUUUCAGUCUUUGCAUGGCUCGGUAGUGGAGGGGUCCCGGGAAAAUUGCUUGUAUGGAGGACGAAAGUAGGCCGACAAUCCUGGCCAGCAAUCUCAGAGGGACCGUGUCUUUCCGUAGAAAACGGCGUAUCUCCUUCCGAAUAUUCGCAAUCUUUGCCUUGGGAAGGCAAAGCGUGCAUGUUACUGAAUCUAUAUCGAAUCCGAGGAACUGCACGACUUUCGAUGGGGAGAGAGCUGACUUUUCCAUGUUCACAAUGAACCCCAAGGAUUCCAGAAAGUGCACUAUGAAUUUCGUCUGAGAUCGUAGUUUGGAGGCGUUGUCGCAGAAAAUCAGUAUAUCGUCUAGGUAGAUUAGGCAUCGGAUCCCUCUUGUCCGUAAAUGUGCCAUGGCUGGCUUCAGUAGUUUCGUGAAGCACCAAGGGGCGGAGCUGAGGCCAAAUGGGAGGCACGUGAACUGGCAUGUGCGUCCUUUCCAGUGAAAUCGAAGGAAAGGUCGACUGGACUGUGCCAUCGGAACUGACAGGUAGGCAUCCUUUAAAUCCAGACGGGUGAACCAGUCGUGUUCCAGCAGUAGAUCUCUGAGGAGGUGUAUGCCCUCCAUUUUGAAGUGUCUGCAGGCUACGAAUGAAUUCAGGCUGCGUAGGUUGAUGACGGGUCGGUAGUCUCCUGUCUUUUUCUGGACCAGAAAUAUGUUGCUGAUGAAACCUGUGUCGUCGGGAGCAAAUUCGACUGCCCCUUUGAGGAACAGCGCUUGGAUCUCGUCGUCCAUGAGCUUGGCGAGUUCCGCUGACGUCCGUAUCGGUUGUGGUCGACGUGUUUGGGUCGGUGUGUGCGCGCGAAAUCGAUCUCGUAGCCCUUGAUUGUUUGAAGGAUCCAGGCAUCGGAGGAUAUCUUUUCCCAGUUCUGUGAAAAAAGAGACAGUCUGCCAGCAGUGACAUGAGAGCGGCACAACGGUACUUGAGGGGUGCUCACCUGUAUUGAAGCGUCCGCGGGUACGAGCUCCUCUGGGUCGGAAGGUUCCUCUCGAGAAGGGUGGUCUCGAUGGGAAGAACGAUUGAGAAGCUUGAUUCCUGGGGCCUGUUGGCCAGAAACGGCUGGUGGCUCGGCCCCGAUGGCGACCAGCCCUGCCGAAAACCCCUCUGGUUGGAGUAGGGUUGCGAAAAACUUGUUUAAUGGAAGUCUGGGCUUUGCUCAGUGUCGUAAAUAAGUUCACAUGUUUCUUUAGCUCUCCAAUGAAGGCUUCUCCGAAUAGUUGGCCAUUGGCCCGUGGCCCCAGUUCCUUCUUGCCGAGUUCCAGGAGCUUGGAGUCCAUCUUGAGUAGUGCGGCUUUGCGUCUCUCCGCACAGAGUGCGGCGUUGGUGUUGCCCAAUAAGCAGAUCGCGCGUUACGCCCAUUCCCUGACAUCGUGGGCGUCUAAGGCAUUCCCCUGCGUAAGCGCUCCGUCUGCGAGGUACAAGAUCUUAGCUAGUGGGCCAAGUAUAUCCAGUAACUUGUCUUGAGAAGCUUUGAGACCCUUCUCAAUGCCCUUACGUGGGUCACGGCCCGUCCGCGACAUGAAUAAGACCACCGUGGUGUCGAAUUCCGGCGUGUGAGCAAUCUUGUCCGGUAGACUGGGUCUCGGACACUCGGCCUUCAGUCUUGCCCGUACCUCUUUGUCCAUUGGCUGUCGUAGCCAAAAGUGAAUAAAUUGGGCUAAAUGGUCCGGUAGGCCCCAUUCCGAUGAUCUCGGGUGACGUAUCGCACGCGGAUCAAACAUCGGGGUGCCUUGGGGGUCCACAAAGGUGCCGUCCUCUAGGCUGUCUGCCUGUGUGUCGACCUUCCAGUGUCCAUGACGGGCGUCCUGUUCCUCGACCAGUUCAGACCCCGUGUGGCCGCGGGGUAUGUCAAACCAGUCGUCCUCCUCAGAUGGGGAGUCCUCCGCUCUCCACUCGUCCAUAACCUCUAGCGGGGCUGGUGAGUUACCUCCCUCUUCAUCGGAUGAUGUCAGCGGAGGGGUUGACGGACCCAGGCGGUCCGCCUGCCGGCUCCUCUUGAGUGGAGCCUUGCCCUUUGUCGUCCGUGGGGCUGGGCCAUUGCCCUUCCAGUGCCUUUUGGAAGGGGCACUAUCCCCUGAAGACUUCUCUGGGCCCUUAGUAUCCGGAUCCCCAUGUGGGGUUUGGACCAACAAUUUUGCUAUGGCCUUUUCCAUUGAGGCCGCCACCGCUGAAUUAAUUAGCGCUUGAAAGUCGGGUGGAGUUUGUUGUGAAGGUUCACCCAUGUUCAUGGCCGUAGUCUCUGUCUGUGGAAGACAGGAUAGGGUCAGGUACCGAAGUACGUGAAUAGUAAAACCAGCAAUAAAGAGUUGCGGCGUUCCUCCUACGACUGGGGGUCAUCUAGUGUGGCCAACGGGCCCAACCAAUUAUCCUGUCUUGUAGUAUAUUACCACUGCCUGUAAUCCAGGGCUAGCGAGGGGGUCACCCUCCAGAAGACCGGUAUGAGCGGUCAGAGAUAGAAAAAACAAUUUGCCUAGGCCGUAGAGCCUGGUAAUGGUACGGGCCGUGCCCUUAAAUUCAAAGCCCAGUGGGGAAUUAUUAGGAUAGAUUCUCCCUCCUGUGGAGGAGGAGUGUGUAGGACACCCCAGUCGUAGUAUGGAGGGUGCCGACCAUGCGUAUCAGCAAUAUAUGGUAGGGGGGUCACCCCGCUCUUCAGAUAAUACGGCACACGCCUGGGGGUCACCCAGCGCAGGGGGGUCACCCCUUAACAACAAUAAACAGUGUGCCAGUGGGGGGUCACCCCACUCAGAGGGGUCACCUCUGGAAGGGCUGUUUUUUGAUUUUAUUUAUUUAUUUAUUUGAUUUGAUUUAUAUAUAGUAUUGCACCAAUAAUAGACAGGCAGGGUUGUUACUGGAUGGUGCCUUAUGUUUGUUCAGAGUGGCAGCAGUACAAUCACAGCACAAAAGGUGUCAGGCUAAUUAAAAUGGAAAAGAAAAGAAAAGGAAUGAGCAAAAAUCUCCCUCUCCCAGGCCCCCUGCCUCUAUGGAGGGAACCUGGGAGGCUGAGAGUGAUAGGAGUGGGGAUGGACGACGACCGUGUGAUUCACGGUUUCCCCACCUAAGAUGGCUGACUUGGAUCUCGCGAGCAGCGAGAUCCAAGAUGGCCGUUCGCGCCAAAAGCUAAGCGCGGCCCGUGAUCGUGGUGAUCGCGGGCCGCAAGUGAAAAUGGUCCCCCGCUCCCCCCCCGCCCACCCUGAACCGCCCGACAAGAAGGGAGAUCCCGGCCGCGGUAUCCAGCCGCGACCACGGCAAUUUAAAGCCGCGAUCGCGGCAAAGAGCCGCGAGCACAAGCGAAAGGCAGAACCACUGAGGAGGGGGGGGAGACAGGGGAGAGGUGUAAAAUCCGAAAAAAACAGAAAGUAUCAAAAUAAAAGACAGUAAUAAGGUCACUAGUACCCAACUAAUACUGAAAAUAAUUAAAGCAACAGAGAAUAACAAUAAACAGUAUAGUCAACAAUUACAGACAAAAUCACUCUGACCUGUGUCUUGGCUGGAAGCAGCAAAGAAAGAGGAAAUGGGAAGCCUGUCAGGGACUUAUAUACAAGAGGUGCUGGACUCUGAUUGGUUAAACACUUUUUCUUUUCUGAUUGAUUGACUUGUGCUGCUGGAGGCAUAAAGUAAAGAAAGUUUAUGCAAAAUAGGAAGCCUCCUGUCAUGUAAUAAAAUUUGCUACAACACCACAGUGCUGGGUCGCUGAUGGAUAGCGAGAUGGUGUGAGUCUCGAGCCACACCAUAAUAGGGGACAGGGAGCCAGAUGAUUGCCAUUUCUUCAAGGAUCCCCCUGUCCAACCACCCCAGAGACCCCCGGGAGUCCGCUGGCCAGGGCUCCUUUAUGGGCUAUGAGUCAUGACCCCAACCGGAAUCCCCUCUGAGGGAACAGGAGAGGAGGGGCACCUCCCACAGUGAUAUUUACUGCAGUAAGUGCUAACCAGACAUUUGGAGACUUUUUUAAGGAGACAGGAGUGUCGCCCCUCUGGAGGCGGGCGAUGAGGCACAUGCCUAUGAACAUAGUAGUGCGCCUCAAGCAAACCUAUGCUUAUAACCAAUCUCUCUUUUAAGUAGUGACACUGCUCUGCAGCUAUAUACAAACUAAGGCUAAAUUUGUAUAAUGUAUAUUGUAUAACAGGUUGAUAAUUUAAGUAUACAACAUGCCCCACAUUCACGUUAGAAAUUAGUGAUCCCCGCUUCAGUAGGGGUUCCGUAUCAUUUUAGUCUCACUAGGGCUCAUGGGGGACCAGAGCAAGAAGAUUUAUCAUGGUAGGUCUGUUUUGGAAUGGGAAAAAAACUGUAAAAAAAAAACUGUACAUCUUUCUCAAAAGGGAACAAAUAUUCUCAGUGAGCAGUUAAGAGGUUUUGCUAGGAUGUAUUUAAACUAGAAUGGUGGGGUCAAAAGGGUGAUACAACAUAAAACCAAUUGCCCCCCCAAAACAAAGACAGAAGGUGCCUAUAGCAAGUGUUGUAAAAAUUAUAAGCUUAGAGUCAUGUCUACAAAUGCUCGCAGUUUAGGGAAUAAGAUCCAUGAAAUAGUGGCAAUAAUGGCAACUGAUAAUGUAGAUUUAGUCGCUGUUACUGAGACAUGGUAUAAUGAGAAAAAUGACUGGGGCAUAGCAAUACCAGGGUACUCUUUUUAUAUAGAAAAGACAGGGAAGGCAAGAAAGGGGAGGGGUGGCAUAGAGUCUGUUUGGAUUACGUUAGAAUUUGGUAAUCCCAUAGUAACUUGUGUAGGUGUGAUUUAAAGGCCCCCAGGACAAAUAGAAGAGCUAGAUAAUCUACUAGUUGUGGAAAUAGCUAAAAUGACAAUGAAGGGGAGAUUUAUCAUUAUGGGUGACUUUAGUCUUCCUGAUGUGAACUGGAAAACCAAAAUAGUUGCUUGUGCCAGGAGCACACAUAUUCUAAACUCCCUACUGGGAUUGUCUCUAAAACAAGUCAUUGAGAAGCCAAACUCGUAAAGAGGCCAUACUAGAUUUAGUGUUAACAAACUGAGUUUUGGUAUCCGAUAUUACUGUAGGUAAGAGGUGAGGAUCCAGUGAUCAUCAGUCAGUGUGGUUUAAUAUAAGAACAGUGGCUGAGUCACACCACACAAAAACAAAAGUUUUAGACUUAAGAAAAACAGACUUUUAUUUAUUUUUUAUAAAACUAGAAUAUGUGUAAAGGAGUCAUUAUCAGACUGGAGCAAUUUAAAUGGAGUCCAAGAGAAAUGGGUUUAUUUAAAAGUUGCACUGCUGAAGGCAACAGAAAAUUGCAUUAGGCUUGUCAGUAAGAGCAAAAAAUUCAAGAAACCACUGUGGUACAAAAUGGUAAAAAAAACUAAAAGUUAGCAUUUAGUAAUUUAUAAAAAAUAUCCAGUGUGAGGAAGAUAGAUAGAUCUAUAAGAUUAGGCAAAAAGAGGCUAAGCAAGAGCUUCCAAAUCACAUACAGAAGAGAAAAUUGCCCAGCUAGUAAAAAAGGUGGAUAAAACAUUUUUUAGAUACAUAAAUGAGAAAAGGAAAGUAAAACAAGGAUUAGUUGGAUUAAAAAAAAAAAGAAGGAAGGUAUGUAGAAGAGGAUAAAGGUCUCGCUGACUGCCUCAAUGAAUAUUUUUGUUCAGUAUGUUCAGUAUUUACAGAUGAAAAUGAAGAAAAGGGGCCUCAGUUAGGAAAAAGGACAAGUGAGUCAUUUGUUACAUGUGAGUUUACAGAGGAAGAGGCUCUAUUUCAACUGUCAAAAGUAAAGACAAAUAAGUCAAUAGGACCUGAUGGAAUACACCCAAAGUUAUUAAAAGAGCUUAGUGGUUUACUAGCAAAACCAUUAACAGAUUUAUGUAACCAAUCAUUAACAGGAAUAGUCCCAGAAAAUUGGAAGUUAGCGAAUGUUGUCCCCAUUCACAAAUACCUCUCUGAUUUUAUGACAAGGCUCUAUCUCCCUUCCUGACUCCAGCAAUUAACAUUUGCUGUUAAAUAUCCAUCAUCCUGUAACAUCCUAUGUUAUUUAAUUAUAUAUUAAUAUUUUUAAGCAGAAUAAAGUUAAAGAAAAAUUAAGUCUGAUGCGUAUUGAUUUUUCCAACUGACAAACCGUAGCGAAGAGGGAAAAAAUAAAAAAAUAUGUAUGUAAUGCAUUAAAAAAGAGGUGAAGGGUUGUAUUGUUACAGCCUUGAAAUCCAAGCCUUACUUCAGUAGUGGGGAAGGUAAUGGAAACCAUGUUAAAGGAUAGGAUUGUUUGAACACCUAAAAUCACAUGGAUUUCAAGAUCAGAGACAACAUGGGUUUACAUCUGUUUGAUUUUUUUUUUUUUUUUUUGGGGCAACUAAAAUAAUAGAUCAGGGUGGUGCAGUAGACAUUGCUUACCUAGAUUUCAGUAAGGCUUUUGACACUGUUGCACAUAGAAGGCUUAUCAAUAAACUGCAAUCUUUCAGUUUGGAUUCCAAUAUUGGCAGUGGCUGAGUGACAGGCAACGGGCAAGUGACAAGGCUCUAUCUCUCCCUUCCUGACUCCAGCAAUUAACAUUUGCUGUUAAAUAUCCAUCAUCCUGUAACAUUCUAUGUUAUUUAAUUAUAUAUUAAUAAUUUUAAGCAGAAUAAAGUUAAAGAAAAAGUAAGUCUGAUGCGUAUUGAUUUUUCUAACUGACAAACCGUAGAGAAGAGGAAAAAAUAAAAAAUGUAUGUAAUGCAUUAAAAAAAAGAGGUGGAGGGUUGUAUAGUUACAGCCUUGAAAUCCAGGACACCCGUGGAACCAUAACCACUGUAGCGAGCUAUCAUGGUUGUGAUGCUUGGAUUCUUCUUUAAAGGAUCACUAUAGUGUCAGGAAAACAAAGCGGUUUUCCUGACACUAUAGUGCCCUGAGGGUGCCCCCACCCUCAGGGUCCCCCUCCCAUGGCACUGAAACCCCUUCAGCAGCUUACCCUAAUCUAGCGCCGGGCUCCCUCGGCACUGGGGACCUCUCUCCUCCCCCGCCGACGUCAGCUCCUCCGUCUGACGUCAGCGGAGCCGAAUGCGCAUGCGCGGCAGUGCCGCGCGCAUUCAAAGUGUCCAUAGGAAAGCAUUUCUCAAUGCUUUCCUAUGGACGCUCUACGUGAUGGAGGCAUAAUAUGCCUCCAGCGUCGCAGAUGCGCCUCUAGUGGCUGUCUGGAAGACAGCAACUAGAUGCUGGAUUAACCCAAAUGUAAACAUAGCAGUUUCUCUAAAACUGCUAUGUUUGCAUCUGAAGGGUUAAAACCUGAGGAACCUGGCACCCAGACCAUUUCAUUGAGCUGAAGUGGUCAGUGGCCUGGGUGACUAUAGUGUUCCUUUUCAAGGACAUUUUCUGCCACUGUAAAAAUCCUUUAUAAUAAGAACCUCAAUAGAAAGAAAACCAUUAAUGGUUAGUAUUCUCCCAUAAUAAAACUCUGAUGCAUGUGGUGCACUAUAUUAUUAUUUUAGUUUUAGUAACAUUUUAAUUAUUUUGAUGUUCACAGUAUAGUGUGCCCUAGUUUUGCACAAUUUCAGAACUAGUAUCUGUACCCUGUCAGACAUGCUAGAGUAGCCUGCUUUAGCUCGUUCUUCUAACAUAAAAAUUAGGUAUUACCAAACAUUUGAGAAUUGUCAUAUUGUUUUUUGCCUUGUCAUUUGUUGUUUGCCUUUUGAAUAUCUUCCUGCAUGUAUUUCAUUAUUCUUAUUGCAAUAAUAAAAAAAAAAUUGACACAAAAAAGUGUGGAUUCUCCUUUCGUGCCUACUUCAUGUCAGAUAAUAAAAUGUGGCUUUGUUUUCAGAAACAGAAGCAAAAGAAGACACGGAUGAUGAUGAUGUUGUUGAUGACGACGAUGAGGAGGAUGAUGAUGAUGAUGGUGUAGUGAAAGAAGAAAAUGGUGUAUUGAUACUCACAGAUAAAAACUUUGAUACAUUUGUUGCUGAUAAAGAUACAGUGUUGUUGGAAUUCUAUGCCCCUUGGUAAGUGUCAAUAUUAUUCCAUGGAAAAUGAUUAACUUUGUAAUAAUAGCUUAUAUGUAAGAGCAAAUAAUAAGGGAGCAAGCUUGGAAACAUCCAGCGGUGGAAGUACCGCGGUUGCAGCUGCGACCAGGCCCAUCACGUAAUGGGGCCUGGCUGCCCUGUCGACCCCUGCGACUAAGGGGUCCGCCGGCAUUGUGGUGCUGCCCCAGUUUGUCUGCAUAGGUAUCUGUGUGACUGCAUUGUGUCAGUGUGUGCCCCUAUGUAUCCGAAUGUGUCUGUCUCACUGUUUGUAUAAGUCUCAUUCCAUGUAUCUGAAUGUUUGUCAUUAAGUGUGUCUACAUGUGCAUGUCUGUAUCCGCAUGUGUGUCAGUGCAUGUCUGCGUAUCUGUGCCUUGCGGUUUCUUGUUACUCCUUUGGCAAAAAACAAAUUCUUGCCAACUCACAUAUUGAAGUGUCAACCCAUUCUAGCCUUGAGCCUUCAUUUUCGAGAAAUUAUUUCGUUUUAAUAUUUAUGAUUCUCUUCCUGCAAACCAUUGGCUAUGAGGUGUGCUAUAUUUAUUUUAUUUUACAUUGUAUGCCAGACUACCUUCAUGCAAAAUGAUAAAGUAUUGCAAUUUAUUGUAAUAAAUAUUUUAUUGGUCAAACAGAAAUUUGUAGUGACGUGUUUUUGAGAGUUCCUACUUUUAUCAAGUCUGAAGCAUAAAAAUGCUUUUGGACUUGAUAAAGGGAGAAACUCCAGAAAACGUGUAACUCUGUAUAAUAUUAAAUGAGUUGCGCAAUAAAAUUUAAGUGAGCUUGAACUUAAUGCAGCUGUAAAAAAAACAAAAAAAAAAAAAAAAUUGCUCUUUUUUUUUUUUUGCCUAAAUGAACGACUAAUCUUAAUAUUCUAAUAUUGAUUGUAUAUUGAAUAUUCACCCACACUUAACCAUUGCCUUUCUUGUUAAAAUGUAAUGCCAUUUGCAACUUUAUUCUACUUCAGGUGUGGUCAUUGCAAGCAGUUUGUUCCCGAAUAUGAGAAAAUUGCUCAGACCUUGAAGGAAAAUGAUCCUCCUAUUCCUGUUGCUAAAAUUGAUGCCACAGCAGAAACAAAAGUCGCUGGCAAAUAUGAUAUAAGUGGAUAUCCUACUAUCAAGAUCCUCAAGAAAGGCCAGGCAGUUGACUAUGAUGGCUUAAGAACAGAGGAAGGUAAAAUUCGGUGUUGCCAUGCUUUGUGUAAUGCACAUUGCAGAUUUUACCAUAUAGUCUGGGGUGUAGGUUUCAUCUAUAUGAAAUUCAAUAUUGUAAGGUAAUGCGGGAAGAACAAUGUUGAAACAUAUCCCUGUCCUAGCAAAUUGUACACACAGUUUGAUGUACCUUAGAAAAUCGGUCCAUUCAUUAAUGGGUCACUCUAAGCACUAAGACAGAGCUUGACAAAUUGGGGAGAAAAAAGAAGCAUAACCACAUCUUUCCCAUGCAAUCGGAGGGGUUGUGGUUACCUAAACACACACACUCUCUGACAAAUGGACACACUGACAGAAACCCACUCACUGACAGACAUUCUCUCACACAGUCACAAAUUAUUUGGUUAAUUUACAGCCACUCCACCUCCUUCUCUUUGAAAAAGCUGGAGUGGACCCUUUCCCUGGGGUCCAAUGGUGAUCCUUCCCCCUCCUCCGAUGUCAUCGGAUUGGGGGAUCUAAUGCGUAAGCAAAGCUAGUGCAUUAGACCUUCCCCAUAGGAAAGCAUUGCCUGAUUUUUAUUGGCACUGGAUGUCCACAUGCAGAGCUUUAGGACAUCCAGCGUUGUUUCACGGAGUCACACUGUAAAAUUCCAGGAUGCGCCUCUAGUGGCUGUCUGGUUUUCUUUAAAACUGCAGUAUUUUAUAUUGCAGGACUAAAGGGGGACAGGGACACUGCACCCAGACUACUUAAAUGAGAUGACGUUUUCUGGGUGCCUAAAGUGUCAACAGGGGACCCUCUGGUUCUACCGGAUGCAGUACUUUUUUUAAAUUGUUUUUUAUUUAUAAAAUGUGUGUGUGCGUUUUUUUUUUUUUUUUUUCUUUGUCAUUACUAUAUCUAUUUGUUUCAAAUAAAAUCAUAAAUCAUUUUUACCUUAAAGUCUCUUUUCUCUCCUUUUUGUUUUUGUUUUCUUGUUUUCUUGAUGUUAUUAUCAGAAACUUAUAAUGCUAAUCUGCUUCCCAAUCAUAAUUAUAAGCAUUCUGAUCUGUUCCUAAUUAAUAAUAAUAAUAAUGCCAGUAUUUCAUUUACAAACUUGAAUUGUAAUCUGUACCAAUUGUGUUAAAUGCUGGUCAUAGUAAGUUAAAGUUGAUCCUUAUCUCCUUGUAUAAAGGGCUGACUGGGCAUGAAUGGAAAGUCUAAACCAAAAACAAUACAGACAGAUUACUAUACAGACAGACAGACAGACAGACCUAUAUAUACAUGUAGUGAUAGACCUUUGUGUGUCCUUGGUUGUUCUCUUCCUCCAGUCUGCAACUUAUGUCUUCCCAGCAGCUCAGCUCACACUAAACAUACAGCAAAUCUAUCAACUGAGCGUGGGUUCUGUUGGUGCUAGUAGUGUCCCUUUAAUGUAAUAUUCCCUUAAAAGGAAGAUUCAUCCUUAACUAAAUGCUGUAAAUAAUCUAUUUCAGAUAUUGUGGCAAAAGUUAAAGAAAUCGCUCAACCUGGCUGGACACCACCACCAGAAGCAACUCUUGUGUUGACUAAAGAAAAUUUUGAAGCAGUAGUGGAAAAUGCAGACAUCAUUUUGGUUGAAUUCUACGCACCUUGGUAAGUACCCAUGGUUGUUGUUAUUUUUUUAUUAUUUUAACAUUAUUUUUGUGAAGCUAAAUGGUUCUACUUGUUCUGUGUAUGUAAGAGAUCUUGAAUGUAAGUAUGUACAAUACAAGGUAUUGUAGCUAAUACAAUGUUUAAGUAAAGGGGAAAAAAAACAAAAGCAAACCCACAUGCAUGAUGUGCUUGUCCUGUUUUUUGUUUUUUUUUUUCCAAAUACAAACUAAAGAACAGCAUGCGCACUAGUUCUGUUUUUAAGGUGCUUGUCCAUGCCACUGUCCUCUCUCACAUUGACUACUGCAAUCCAUUUUAUGAGUCGUCUUGUGUGUUCCCAACUUGCCACGUUACAGUCUAUAAUGAAAGCGGCAAUGAGACUCUUCUGCCUGCACCUCCCACGCCUCCCCCUCUCGGUACCUACAUUGGCUUCCAGUAAGCUAUAGGGCUCAAUUUAAGAUGCUGGUACUUACUUACAAUCUCUACACAAUGCUGCUCCGACCUACCUAUCCUUACUAAUACACAAAUGUGUCACAUCUAGGCCCAUACGCUCUGCAGAAGACCUACGUCUAUCCUCUGUUCAUACUCCCAUGGUACCUCUAGUGCUCACGUUAAAGACUCCUCUAGGGCUGCACCAUUCCUAUGGGCCGCCCUUCCCCUCUCUGUUAGACUUUCACCCAGUCUCCACUCCUUCAAAAAAUCUUUGAAAACUUACUUCAAGAAAGUGUAUCUAUUAAACUAUCAACAGCUUUCUCUCCCUGCACCCUAAUUCCUCUCCUGCAACUGUCAUCAAAACAAAACCAUAAGUCCCCUCAGUGAAUACUAUCCUUACAACCUACUUUUCUACCCUUACCUUUUGUGUCACUAUACCUCACUCCCUCAAGCAUGUAAGCUCAUUGAGCAGGGCCCUCAAUCCCUUCGUUCCUGUGUGCCCAAUUCGUCUAGUUACAAAUAUGUAUCUGUUAGUCCACCCAUUGUACAGCGCUACAGAACGUUUUGGCGCUUUAUAAAUAAUAAUACUGCAGUUUCCUUUUGACUGGUAUUUCAGGUGUGGGCACUGUAAAAAACUUGCCCCAGAAUAUGAGAAGGCAGCACAGGAGCUAAGUAAGCGUGAACCUACCAUACCUUUAGCAAAAGUGGACGCAACUGUUGAAACAGAGCUUGGCAACAAGUAUGGAGUAUCUGGAUACCCAACACUGAAGAUAUUCCGGAAGGGAAAAGCUUUUGAUUACAAUGGACCACGAGAAAAAUAUGGUAAUUUGGCCACUAUUCAGUAAAGUGUGGGUUUUUCUUUUUUUUUUUUUUUUUUUUUUAAAAGUCUGCUUGUAUAGUUUUUAAACUUUGUGGCUUUUUUAUUAUUUUGCAAGGAAUCGUUGAUUAUAUGAUUGAGCAAGCUGGUCCACCAUCAAAACAGAUCCAGGCUGUAAAGCAGGUGCAGGAAUUCAUCAGAGAUGGAGAUGAUGUUGUGAUAAUUGGUGUCUUUAAUGGGGAGGAGGACAAGGCAUACCAGCUCUAUCAAGAUGCAGGUAGGGACUGAAUAUCCACACACAAAAUAGUAGAAGGAAUGUUCAUGUCCAUACUGCUGUUCUGCUGUAUUUAAGUAAAUUUACGUACAUGUAUCUAAUCUCAGUGUGUUAUUGCAUAAAUAUAUUUACAUUCACGCAGGAUGGGUUACACGACUUUCAAACCUUGAGGUUCACAGAAAGUUACUUUAUGUAUAUGUUGCAUAUGUAUGUAGCUGAGAUUUAAACUAGUCCCUAAGUUGCAAAAUAUGGUCUUUUCACUGCCUGUUUUGGUAAUAUGUUGGCUAUUCUGUGUGUAAUUUAUUGCAUAGAUAACAGAGCUUUCUAGUCGUUGAAAGCGUGAAACUGGGAAUUUUGUAAUGUUUUUAUGUAGAUGCAUUUAAAAGGUUUUUUUCUUUUUUUUUUCUUUCUUUUUUUUUCUUUCAGCAAACAACUUAAGGGAAGACUAUAAAUUUUACCACACCUUCAGUGCAGAAAUUGUGAACUUCUUAAAAGUAUCCCCUGACCAGCUAGUGGUAAUGCAACCUGAAAAGUUUCAAUCCAAGUAUGAGCCAAAGAAGCAAGUUUUAAAAUUCAAAGUAAGUACAAUGAAAUGCUUGCAUAUGCUUGUCAGUGGUGAACUGGGAAUUUUUUUGAGAAAAAAUAUUUCAGUUGGUGUAGACCUACGAUCCCUAUUAUGCUCUGGCAAUCGUGGGAUAAACAGUGUCAUGUAAGAUGUAGCUCUCUGUUGCCUUCCCUUACUCCGUAGCACUGAGAGCCAGUAAUGGAGGCCCUCAAAAUACAUCCUCGUAGAUUGCCAUCUUUCAAGUGAGAGAGACUGCGAGUGAAUAUAUAUAUAUAUAUAUAUAUAUAUAUAUAUAUUAUUUAAAUUGCACUGAGUAGCAACAUUUAGCGAAAAUAAUCCCCAAAAUGGCUUGUCUCUUAGCUUUAAGUUUACUAUUCAGAUUUGAAUUCACUACAAGUCCCCAAUUAGGUUUUUCAUUUUUGCAGUAAAGAGCACAUAGAGGACCGAUGAAAAUUCUGAGUUAUUAAGUAAAAUUCACUUUAAAUUCUUACUUUAGUAAAUAACAUUGAUGGUGUUUAGGGGGAAAAUACAAACGCAUAUCUUGCCUCUGUUUUACUUUCAGGUUUUUAACCAUUCAGUAAUCGGACUACAAUAAUAGUAAUCCUGAAAUGAAAACCUGCCCUAAAAUUCUGGAACAAACUCUAAUUAAUUAUUGCUCACCUUUAUUAAUUAUUGUAAAUAAAAUAAUUAACCCCUUAAAACCGGAGGGCGUACUAUAAUGCCCUAUUCUAAGUGGCUCUAAACGCCGCAGGGCGUAAUAGUACGCCCUCACGGUUUUUGUUGUGUACCCAGUCGCCGGCAAUCCCACGCCGGUGAUCGCGGUCAGGGGACUCACCUGGAUUCCCAGGGAGUCCCCCGCGGCGAAUCCUACCUCCUCCGCCACCCCCCCUUGGCCAUGUGAGAGUGAGGUCCUCACAAUCACAUGGCCGGGUUAGCUGGCUGCUGCAUUGCCAGCAGGGGGACUGCCUGUAAUGACACACACACACUGUCUAGGUGUAUUUUACUAUUAAAAUAUUAUAUAUAAUUUAUUAAUAUCAAAUUACACGUAGACUGAUACUGAUUAAAUAUAUAUAUCAUUAUUGUUAUAUAUAUAUAUAUAUAUAUAUAUAUAUAUAUAUAUAUAUAUAUAUAUAUAUAUAUAUAUUAUAAAAAAUAAAUAUGUAAAUACGUUAAAAAUAAAAUAAAAAAAUAUUAAAAAUAAAUAAUUAAAAUAUAUAGAUGUGUUAUUUCGUUCUAACUGUAUUGUGAUAUAUAUUUAUAUAAAUACACGUAUAUAUAUAAUAUAUAUGUAUAUAUCACGUAUGUAUGUAUAUGUGUAAUAUUUUUACAUAAUUAGCUAUUUUAAUUAAUUACAAGUAGCGGGAACUGCCUGUCAACCCAUGCCGAAAGUAUAGGGAAUUUAAUUUGCUAGCACUAUAUUUAACCCUAUAACUUCCCAAGACACCAUAAAACCUGUACAUGGGGGGUACUGUUUUACUCGAGAGACUUCGCUGAACACAAAUAUUAGUGUUUCGAAACAGUAAAAUGUAUUACGAUGAUAUCGCCAGUAAAAGUGACGUUUUUUGCACUUUUCACAUACAAACAGCACUUACACGGUGCUGUGAUACUUUUUACUGUUUUGAAACACAAAUAUUUGUGUUCAGCGAAGUCUCCCGAGUACAACAGUACCCCUCAUGUACAGGUUUUAUGGUGUUUUCAAAAGUUACAGCGUCAAAUAUAAGGCUUGUGUUUCAUUUUUUUCACAUUAAAAUUCACCAGAUUGGUUACGUUGCCUUUGAGACCCUAUGGUAGCCCAAGAAUGAAAAUUACCCCUAUGAUGGCAUACCAUUUGCAAUAGUAGACAACCCAAGGUAUUGCAAAUGGGGUAUGUCCAGUCUUUUUUGGUAGCCACAAAAUUGGCGUUUUUUGCAUUUUUCACACACAAACAAAUAUUAAUGCUAACUUUGGCCAGUGUUUGUGACCAAAUGGCUACUAAAAAAGACUGGACAUACCCCAUUUGCAAUACCUUGGGUUGUCUACUAUUGCAAAUGAUAUGCCAGUAUGGGUGUAACUUUCAUUCCUGGGCUACUAUAAAGUCUCAAAGGCAACGUAACCAAUCUGGUGAAUUUCAAUUUAAAAUGUAACGUGCUAUAUUUGACCCUGUAACUUCCCAAAACACCAUAAAACCUGUACAUAGGGGGUACUGUUUUACACGUGAGACUUUGCUGAAUACAAAUGUGUAUUUUAUUGCAGUAAAAGCAAACAGUAUUAUGACAUUGACAGUUAAAAUGUCAUGUAGAACUAAAUAAAUAACAACAUUUCUUAUUUUCUCCCAUGUUUUUCAUAUUAAAUUAUGUUUCAUAGCUAAACAUUUGAUGUUAAAUGAAAGUCCUGUUUCCUCUGAAUAAAAUGAUAUAUAAUAAGUGUGGGUGCAUGUAAAAUGAAAGAGGUUCGUUUUGUUUUGUUCAUAACGUGUACAUUUGGCUCAGUCCUUAAGGGGUUAAGCACUGUCUCUGCUAUGGGUGGGUGUCUGGUGGAUAUUUGAUGGUUACCCUGCUACUAUGCAUACACCUUGGAUGGUUCUUUGGUAAACAUGGCAUUGAUUCUCUUAGCCUCUGCUUCUCUGGUGUAUCUGCUCAGUCUGGUGGCCAGUGCUGUCAGUAUUUGCUUAGCUGCUUCCAGUGCCUCUAGUAUAGGCAUAUCCUUGUACUUAUUCAGUAGCCAGGAUCUAUUCUUGAUCUUUCCAACUCUGUUAUGUCGAUCUAGCUUACGAACUUCCUUCAGUGUUGUCAUUAUCUUGACUUCCAGUCGUAUUCUCCAUGCUGGGCAUUACUUCUCUUUCAGCCUGAUUUUGUAGUCAAGCAGCCGGAGGACCACUAAUGCUGUUGGUCUCUGUGAUGGUGCAAGUUGGGAUUGUAGACAGAGCCUCAUUAAAGGACCAUUAUAGGCACCCAGACCACUUCAGCUUAAUGAAGUGGUCUGGGUGCCUGGUCCAGCUAGGUUUAACCCUUUUUUUUUUUUAUAAACAUAGCAGUUUCAGAGAAAUCGGUUUAAUUCAGCCUCUAGUGGCUGUCUCAUUGACAGCCGCUAGAGGCGUUUGCGUGCUUCUCACCGUGAAAAUCACAGUGAGAAGACGCAAGCGUCCAUAGCAAAGCAUUAUGAAUGCUUUCCUAUGAGACUGGCUGAAUGCGCACGCAGCUCAUUCAGCCGGAGAGGAGGAGGAGAGCUCCCCGUCCGGCGCUGGAGAAAGGUAAGAUUAUAACCCCUUCCUCUCCCCAGAGCCCGGCGGGAGGGGGACCCUGAGGGUGGGGGCACCCUCAGGGCACUAUAGUGCCAGGAAAACUAGUGUUUUCCUGGCACUAUAGUGGUCCUUUAACUGCAGCUAGCAAGCUGUUUGGAGGCUGUGUGUAUGUGUAUGUGUGUGUAUGUGUGUAUAUAUGUAUAUAUAUAUAUAUAUAUAUAUAUAUAUAUAUAUAUAUAUAUAUAUAUAUAUAUAUAUAUAUAUAUAUAUAUAUAUAUAUAUAUUUUAUAAAAAAAAUUUUUUUUUUUUUUAUUCAUGUGAUUUUGUGUUUGUUCUACUGACGUAUGCAUUCUGUUUGCUUGGCAGGAUUCUAUUACUGGUGCAGAGAUUAAGGAGCAUGUGACAAAGCACACCUUGCCUUUGGUUGGUCACAGGAAGAACUCUAAUGAGGCCAAAAGAUAUGCAAAACGCCCACUUGUUGUUGUCUAUUACAAUGUGGAUUUCAGCUUUGAUUAUCGUACUGGUAGGUCCAUGAUUGUUAUAACUUGGGCUUCUAUUAAAUUCAUUGGAAACCGCAUCAUAAAUGACUCAAAUUUAUUUAAUUUGUUAAAAUUGAUUUUUCUACAAAAAUUUCCCUGGGCUUUAAUAGUGACUUUUGUAGAAAAAUCAUUGGAAUAAUUUCUGAUGCUGAUUUAGACUAAUUUUAGUACUUAUCACAUUUUUGUUCCUAUCACUAUGGGUCUUGUGUUCUGUAUUUAUGUAUUAUAUGGAUUUAAACUUAUGAUCCACUAUACGCUUCUGUUCUGUGUUAAAAACAUAGUUGGGAUUUAGUUUAAUAUACAUAUGCACAGUUAGUAUCUAUUCUGUUCCCAUUGCUUCUAUGCAUUGUGCUCAGUGUGACUCUCUUAAAGGUACACUAUAGGCACCCAGACCAUUUCAUCUCACCGGUGUCUGGAUGCAGUGUCCCUGUCCCGAUAACCCUGCAAUUGUAAUUAUUGCGGUUAUUGAGAAAUUGCAAUAACUAGAGGUGGAGUUAACCCUGCAAGGUAGUUUCCAUUUAAGAAUGGUUACCAACACUGUCAAGGUUAUUCCCUAUAGUGAGCAAUUUAAAUUUAAGGCCAAAAAAACUCCACUUUAAAAAAAUAAAAAAUAAAAUCUCUUGGAGUAUUUCUCUGAUUUGGCUAUUUUGGCAUAAGUUUUGAAAUUCACUUGGAAUUUCCAGCAAUUCUCAAUUUAGUAAAAUUCCUUGCAUAUAUCUGACUGUCUGAGUGAUUGCAUUUGCAGAAUGAGAGGUGAAACUAGCAUGUUUGCUUGUGAUCACUGUGCUAAUAAAUGGCUUCAGGACAACCUGGUUUAAUUUAUACAUUGUGAUACUGAUUUCUUGGUCUAGCUUAUAGUAUGUGUAACAGAAAUUUGCUUGUUUAUUUUAUUAAUAUAGCAAAAAAUUAUGUACCUGGCAUAUGUAUACAUACUUUCAGCAAUACUUGAGAUCUUAGUUGACCUACUUACCACUAAGUUCACGAACUGCAGUAAAGAAUACCACAAUACUUAGCUGUACCCUAAAACACCCUGGGUCGUUUAAAAAUAGAGGAAAUAAAUGUGCAUCUAAAGCAGUGGCAUGUUUUUUUAAAGUUUUAUCUGUCAUAGGUAGUUUUAGCAAUUGCUGAAAAAAAUAUGUUGGCAUAAUGGAUAGAUUGCCUCUUAUUCUCAAAAAUGUAAGCUUAUGGCAAUUUGCAUACAUUUUAAGUGUCACUGUGCACAGUUUUGUACAUAAAGACAUUGUUUAAUAUAUUAAUGUUCAUAUAUGUAUAAUUUAGUUGUGUUGUGUUUUUAUUGUAUUCUUUUUGUAGCCACCCAGUACUGGAGAAACAAAAUUUUGGAAGUUGCAAAAGAUUUCCCAGAGUACACAUUUGCAAUUGCCAAUGAGGAGGACUAUACAGCUGAGAUGAAAGAUUUGGGAUUAAGUGAAAGUGGAGAGGAAGUAAAUGUUGCAAUUCUAGAUGCUUCAGGGAAGAAAUAUGCGAAAGAGCCAGAAGAAUUUGAUUCUGAUUCUCUAAGAGACUUUGUGGUGGCCUUUAAGAAAGGUAAGGUGUUGAACUUCCCAUUGCAAUUCCUUGUCUUCCUUUUUUUUUUUUAUUUAUAUUUAUUUUUUAUUGUAAUUUUAAAAAUUAUUUAGUGUGUGUGUGUGUAUGUGUGUGUGUGUGUGUGUGUGUGUGUGUGUGUAUAUAUAUAUAUAUAUAUAUAUAUAUAUAUAUAUAUAUAUAUAUAUAUAUAUAUAUAUAUAAAAAUAAAUGUCUUCCUUUUCUAAUUCAACGUGUGUGUGUGUAUAUAUAUAUAUAUAUAAACUUACUGUCAUUUUUACUAUGUGAUCUUGCAUCUACUGAGCAAGUGAAAAUACUGGAAAGUAUGACUUUUUUUCAUUAUUAACUUUAUUUAUUAUUUUUUUUUUAUUUAAUACAGGGAAACUUAAACCAAUUUUAAAAUCACAACCUGAACCCAAAAACAACAAGGGACCAGUUAAGGUUGUAGUUGGAAAAAGCUUUGAAAAGAUUGUGAUGGAUUCAAAAUCUGAUGUUCUUAUCGAGUUCUACGCUCCAUGGUGUGGACAUUGUAAAUCACUGGAACCAAUUUAUAAUGAUUUGGGUAAAAAAUAUAAAUCUCAGAAAAACAUUGUUAUAGCCAAGAUGGAUGCAACUGCCAAUGACAUACCCAAUGACAAGUACAAAGCAGAAGGAUUUCCUACGAUCUAUUUUGCUCCGAAGAACAAUAAGCAAAACCCAAUCAAAUUUGAAAAUGGGAACAGAGAUCUUGACGGAUUAAGCAAGUUUAUUGAAGAGCAUGCAUCAAAAUCAACGAGAAAAGAAGAACUUUAACACCGUAUAUAAUCUGUAAAUAUUUUUUUUUUUUUUUUACUUUUUUUGUUGUUGUUUUGAUAAGAGAUUGGUUGGACCAAUUAUGAGUACUUUAUAAGUGGCUCAGAUAAUGAGAUUUAGUUGUUGUCUUCUGAGAUUUAACUUGAUAUGUGAAGUUCCAAAGGGUUUUUGGUUUUUUUUUGUGUUUUUUUUUUUAUGGGUUGGAUUUGUAGACCUUACAAAUAAAAAAUUUUUUCCCCCCAGUUAAGUUUUUCACUUACUGCAAUAGCAGCUCAAUUUGCUGAAACAAAAUAAUACACAUUCUAUUAUUUUUACAGUAUACUGUAUGUUUUCUCCUACUUGAUACAGCUCUUUAACAGUGGAUUGUAUAAUAGAUUUAGAACAAUUGAUGUUUUAUUUUAGAUAUAUACAUACAUUGAUCUAGAUACAGAAGCAGAAGGAAUUUUGCAUUUUGAAAUGUUCUUUGCUUUCCAAUCGCUGCACUGGAAAACUAGAUAUGUCUAAAUCUAAGCAAUACAAUAAAGCAUAAACAUUUGGAAACAAACUGCUUACCUCGUUAGCCAUACAUGUAAUACAUACUUUGGUUUAGCAAUA